UCCAAAUGCGCGUCAUUUCGUCCUGCUGCCUUGACUACAAUGAAAAGCUGCGAGUUUCCUAAGAAACCUCUAGAUCUCCGUUCGGAGUUUGGUGGGUGUUGUUAACCUGCCCUUUUUGCCUUCAUCCGCCAAUCAGUAGGGCGCGAGAGCGAGCUGGGUGUUGUUGGCACAAGUUCGGCACGCGAGCGCACGCGAAAGGACAAUAUUUUACAUGUCAACGGCAUGACUAUAUAAUAUAUUUUUAGGUUAUUAAAGUAAACGGCCAACAUCAUGGUGACACUGACCGCGAUCGUCGCGCCUCUCGGUCGGCAGAUCCACAGGCAGCUGGUGAAGCAUGGCAGAAGCCAGCGCUGGAUACCAUCUCGGGCAUGUAACUUGUCUGCAUGCUCCAGCAAAUUACUUCUCAGUCGAGUGCAUCCGAUGUGGCAGGAGCCGCUCGCCAUUCCCGGUGGAGAUCGCCAGUCGCCUAUUGACAUUGUGGUGCGUAAAAGCGUCUUUGAUCCACAGCUCAGACCUCUGAAGGUACAAUAUGACCCAAGGACCUGCCAGCAGAUCUGGAAUAAUGGCUACUCUUUUCUGGUUGAGUACGACGACACGACUGACAAAUCCACUCUGAAAGGAGGCCCAUUGGAGGAUCAGUUCAGACUGUGUCAGUUUCAUUUUCACUGGGGGGAGAACAACGCCUGGGGCUCUGAACACUCCAUAGACCGCCGCCUUUACCCUGCUGAGCUUCAUCUUGUUCACUGGAACUCGGACAAGUACAGUUUGUUUGAGGAGGCUGUUAUUGAGGAGAAUGGACUAGCUGUUAUUGCGGUCUUUCUGAAGAUUGGAAAGAGACACGAGGGUUUGCAGAAAUUGGUGGAUGCCUUGCCUGCAGUCAGGCACAAGGAUAGCGUGGUAGAGUUCACCAAGUUCGACCCUGCAUGUCUCCUCCCGGAGAAAAUUGAUGAUUAUUGGACAUAUGCAGGUUCUCUGACCACUCCUCCUCUUACUGAGGCGGUGACAUGGAUUGUGAUGAAACAGCACGUUGAAGUCAGUCAUGAUCAGCUGGCAGUGUUUCGAAGCUUGCUGUUCACAUCGGCAGAAGAGCAGGUGCAGAGAAGCAUGGUCAACAACUUCCGUGUUCAGCAGGCUUUGAAGGGACGGACUGUCCGUUCUUCUUUCACCCCCUUCCUCCAAGAUGCUCCCUCUAUGAAGUAGCAACAAAACUCAGUGACCUAAUUCACAUCUUAACCUCCAAAACAAGCACCGACUCAUCAGUCACUUUAUUGUGGACGUCUGAUAUCCAUAAUGUCUUAACUAGA